UGGGAUUGACGAUUCCUACUACAUCAGAAGAAGCAAAGCUGGUUCAACAAAGGCAAAUACACCCAUCCAGGUAACUUACUACUACCCACCAAUAUGCUGAGCUUAGAUGCUCCAGAAGAGAGGCUCAGAAAAUUUAAGUAUCGAGGCAAAGAUGCAUCUCUGAGGCGACAGCAGAGAAUGGCAGUCAGCCUGAAGCUCCGAAAGGCCAAGAAAGAUGAACAGACCUUAAAGAGAAGGAAUAUUACCAGCUUCUGCCCUGACACACCUUCUGAAAAAACAGCCAAAGGGGUGGCGGUCAGCCUCACUCUGGGUGAAAUAAUCCAAGGUGUGAAUAGCUCAGAUCCAGCCCUGUGUUUCCAGGCCACCAAGACAACCAGGAAAAUGCUAUCACAGGAAAAAACCCCCCCUCUGAAAUCGGUCGUCGAAGCAGGCCUCAUUCCCAGGAUGGUGGAGUUCCUGAAGUCAUCACUUUACCCCUGCUUGCAGUUUGAGGCUGCCUGGGUCCUCACCAACAUUGCUGCAGGGACUUCGGAGCAGACUCGAGCCGUGGUAGAAGGGGGAGCCAUCCAGCCCUUGAUCGCGCUCCUGUCUUCCCCCAACCUGGCUGUGUGUGAACAGGCAGUGUGGGCUCUUGGUAACAUAGCCGGUGACGGCCCAGAGUUCAGAGAUAAGAUCAUCUCAAGCAAUGCUAUCCCACAUCUGCUGGCCUUGAUUUCACACACCCUACCAAUCACAUUCCUGCGGAAUAUCACGUGGACCUUGUCGAACCUGUGCCGAAACAAGAACCCGUAUCCUUGUGACACUGCAGUGAAGCAGAUACUGCCGGCCCUCCUCCACCUCCUACAGUACCAUGACAGCGAGGUUCUCUCUGACGCCUGCUGGGCGCUGUCCUACCUCACCGACAGCUGCAGCAAGCGCAUCGGCCAAGUGGUUGACAUGGGGGUCCUGCCCAGGCUGGUGGCGCUCUUGAACAGCUCAGAGCUCAACGUCUUGACCCCUUCUCUCCGCACUGUGGGGAACAUUGUCACGGGCACAGAUGAACAGACACAGAGGGCCAUCGACACAGGCAUACUGAACGUGCUCCCGCAGCUCCUCCAACACAACAAGUCCUCUAUCCAGAAGGAGGCAGCCUGGGCCCUGAGCAACGUGGCAGCAGGGCCCUGUCACCACAUCCAGCAGCUGCUUGCCUACGAUGUCUUGCCUCCUUUGGUGGCUGUGCUAAAACAUGGAGAAUUUAAAGUCCAGAAAGAGGCUAUCUGGACGGUGGUGAACUUUGUAACGGGGGCCACCAUGGAUCAGCUGAUCCAGCUGAUCCAUUCUGGAAUCCUGGAGCCCCUGGUGAAUCUGCUCACCGCUCCAGAUGUUGAAAUUGUUCUCAUCAUCCUCGAUAUCAUCUCUUUCAUCCUCGAGGCAGCAGAGAAACUGUCUCAGAAGGAAAACAUGUGUCUUCUGAUAGAAGAACUGGGUGGAAUUGAUAGAAUUGAAGCUUUGCAACUGCAUGAGAACCGUCAGAUUAGCCUGUCAGCUUUGAACAUCAUCGAGAAGCAUUUUAGCAAGGAAGAAGAUGAGAGCCUAAUGUUACUGAGCCAAGUCGUAGACCAAGAUUGUGAAUUUAUGAAUUGUGACUGCUUAGCAAAAAAAUAGCCAAGCUCCAUUACUCCUAACCCAACAACCCAAUGCCAGUGGAUCCCUCUUUAAGAAGCAGCAGCCCUAUAUCUUAGUGUAACCCAAAUGUAAAGCUUCUAAACUUAAUAUUAAUAAAAUGUUCAGCA